AUGAGCAACUGCAAUGAUAUGCCUCAAGGCUUGAUCGUAACUGCAAAGCAGACGUACUACCCAAUUGAACUUUCAAAUGCAGAAUUGCUAGCGCAUUACGAGACCAUCCAGGACUAUCACCAAGAGAUUUCCGCCAAUGUGAUCUCGCAAUCGUGCAAGUUCAAGCCCGAUCUAAAACUCAUCGAUCAGCAACCCGAGAUGAACCCCCAGCAGACCCGCCACCAGGUUAUAGCGGUGCUGUUCGAGCUCUCAGUCAAGACGCGGGUCACCAAUGGCAUUUUUUUUCACUCGGCCCGGCUCUAUGACCGCUACUGCUCAAAGAGAGUCGUGCUCAGAGAGCAAGCCAAGCUUGUGAUCGCCACCUGUUUGUGGCUCACGGCCAAGACAUGGGGUGGUUGCAAUCACAUCAUAAACAAUGUCUCAGUACCUACCGGUGGGCGCUUCUAUGGGCCCAACCCUAGAGCUCGUAUUCCUAGGCUUUCAGAGCUCGUACACUAUUGCGGCGGAUCCGAAGUUUUUGAUGAGAGCAUGUUUAUGCAAAUGGAGAGACACAUCCUUGAUACCCUGAGUUGGGACAUUUGCGAGCCUAUGAUUAACGACUAUGUACUGAAUGUCGACGAAAACUGCUUGAUCCAAUACGAGCUGUACAAGAGACAGCUGGAGCAUAACAAGGGCUGGUUCCACAGGAACUCUCAAUCAUCAGACAGCGAUGCUACCGAGGCCGACGAAGAAGAAGAUGAGGAUUUGGUAGUCAAAAUUCAAUUGAUUAACGUUAAGAAAUUCCUUAUAGACCUUGCGACGUGGCAAAAUGAGCUCUUGAAGUAUGAGAUGUUCGAAGUGGCAAAUGGAAUAUUCUCCAUUAUCAACAAAUUCACAGGACAAGACCAAGGUCCGCUUUUACUAGCGCCUCUGCCCACAUCUGCGAACCAAGCUGUGCUCCUCAAGAUUUUCAUCCUCGCGGUAGUUAAAGCUCCUAAAGCGCUUCUUCAAUUCUACGAAGACAGCCAAGGUGUCAUGGCGUUUGUCGCCGCGGUUCGGGAGUAUUAUACGUCGCAGCAGAAAACGCUACAACUCGCCUCACAGAAGGAUCUGUCCCGGAGAUCGACCCUCUGCUACGAGGUGCCCUCCAUACCUUCCCCUCCUUACCAAAACGUCAACUACACGCCUCUCAGAAAUACAUCAGCGCCUUCUGACGUGAGCAUAUUCAGCACUGCAGAAUCUCAACCUUCUCCCGUCACGCCCGUGAUGUACUCUUUUGCUCAUAAAACCCUGUCCAACAGCGCAUGUGGCUCCACGUUGAGCGUGAACAGUCUUUCAAAUAAGCGUACUAGAAAUCACGACUACGAUUGCAUGGAUCAAGAUAAAGAAAACACAAGCUCAACUUUUGUUGCGCCGCCACGCGCUAAAUUCGUCGGCAACAGCAUUUUCGCAUCUGGUGGAACGUCCGCCACUAACAGCAGCCGGUCCUCGCUUGUUUCGCUGGCCAUCAGCAACGUUAAUAAUAUGGUAUAG